CAGAAGGUGUGUCUUCUAAUUAGAAUUCCUAACCUGUUCACUGUUUCUUUUUUUUUUUUUAAUUUCAAGCCAGCAUGGGAUCCCCAAUAGCGCUUUAGCACACGCUUGUCUCCAAAGCAAUGCCCUUGGGAUAAGCAGCUGCUGCGGAUUUGAAGGGAGAAAGGACCAGAGGAAGGAAGAUGUCUGCAUCCUGUCAUAUAAAGGAGAUUUCAUGGAGUAAGUCAGAGGGAUGUCUGGUUGACUUGGAUGACGGCAGCCCUGCAAGAAAUGAUUGGACAGAUGACAGAGAAAAUGAACUGGAGCUGAAGUCCCAUUGGUCUGAAGAAUUUAAGCAACGUGUCCCUGGAGCAUUUAAGACCAAUCCUUUUUGGAAUGUACUGUCAGCAUCCAAUCCUUUUUUGGACGACGUAGCUCAGUCAAACAACAGAGAAAAAAGUGACAAGCACAUAUCUAUCUUAAAAGAAGACCCCUAUUUAUUUUUUAGAGAUCUAAAUAACAGAGACUCUGCUGCUUCAUCUGGAGAUGAAUUGAAUCUUGAUUAUCUUUUUCUUCGCAAAUCUUCCAGGAGAUCGGCAAAAUCUCGGAGUGUUUCAGAUCUUUUGGAUAUUGUAGGGACCAAGACAUUUGAACUCCCUAGCAAGGCACCGUCUAACCAUAUCCUGCCUCCAAACAGUGAACCUCUUCAGAAUGAUCGUGAAGCCUAUAAGAUAGCAUGGUUGAAUCAAAGGCAGCUGGCCCGAUCUUGCCUGGAUUUGAAUGCGAUAAAUCAGAGUCCGGGCUGGGCCCAAACCCAAUCUGUAGAAACCCAUAUAGCUUGCAAAGUGAGCCAUGAAGGCGGCUCAGUGCAGCUUCCUGACUCGGAGAUUGCGGUUCAUUUCCCUGAAGGCCACGUAGCCUUUGGAGAAUUUCAAGAGGUUGGCUUACAGGCAAUCCUUGACUCCCCACCAUCACUUAACCAUGAGUUUUCGACCACUGUGAGCCCACUGGUUGAACUGACAUUAAGUAACCUCAAUACCACAGAAGCCAUUUUGCUAGAAAUGAAAAUUGCAGCCGAGGUGAAGAAGGACCCUUUCAGUCAGGUUAUGACUGAAAUUGUGUGUCUAUGUGGUUUCACUAAAGAGGGUCCAUUUGAAAGAAUAAACAACUCUUACAUCUAUAAAGACACUAUCCAAGUCAAGCUGACAGACCUCAAUCACUUGAUGUACAUUGUGGCUGUAGCCCAAACCAAUACAGUUAAUUCACCUGCAAGUGCUUGGGAGUAUAUACACAGAAAGCUCUCGGUUGGGAUUUAUGGACCCAAACAUAUCCACCCUUCUUUCACAGUUGUAUUUGCCCUGUUUGGCCACAACUAUGUUCCAGAGAAACUUACAGUAUGUGACAUUAAAAAGGGUGGAAAGAGCAUGCCCCCAGUGGUUUUCCAGCUCUGGGGAAAGCAUACAUUUGCACUCGAGAAGCCACAAGAUCUCAAUAUUUUUGUGGCCUCUUGUGACCCUGAUUUUGAGGUGAAGGAAGAGGAUCAGAGGAAAGAAAUUAAAGAAGGGAUACUGAAAGGGGGCGGCGAAGUGAUUCACCAACACUUCCCAUUUUCUAUAAUCAACAGAAGGAAAAUACAUCUAUUUGUCUUCCGUGUCCAGGUGAAAGUCCCAAACAACAACCUGGUGUGCCAGUUUUACAUCACAACCCCUGAGCCAGCUCCAAAGCCAUUAACUGGGGUGUUCAACAACCCAAACCGAUUAGAAAGACGCAAGGCGGUCAACUCUGCACCACUGCUGUCAACGCCAACAAUUAAAUAUCCAAUUUUUCAGGACAAAGCUUUACACGUUGCCAGAUAUGGCGUAGCUUUGAAGACAGUGUUGCGUCAAAAUAAAAUCGACUAUUUUCUGGAAUAUUUUAAAGGUGACACAAUAGCGCUUCUUGGCGAAGAUAAGGUGAAAGCCAUCGGACAGGCUAAAAUAAAAGAAUGGUACGUGGGCGUUCUUAGAAGAAAAGUUGGCCUCGUACACUGCAAAAAUGUCAAAGUGAUAGCCAAAGACCAAGCUAUGGAUAUUGAUGAUAGCACAAUCACAACCAAAAGCCUCCUUGAGCAAAUUGCAUUGCCUUUUAGAAAGCUGACUUAUAUCUACGCAGCAAUCUUAUCCACGGUAUCGGAGAAAAUGAAUGAUUGGAAAGCUUUAGCUGAUGCCCUUGGAUUUUCGCACAUGUCUUUGGAUGCUUUCAGUGACGUACAAGCUGACAAAGAAUCAGAAAAAGUAGCCUACGUUGUGAAGAAGCUCAAGGAAGUCUGCCAUGCUAACAGAAAUACAAGGCGUUUCCUGUAUGAACUGUCUGUUGCCCUACUGAAGCUGGAUUGCCAAGGAUUACUUGCACGCAUCACGCAAGACACAGUCAUUUUUACGUCUGCUGUGAAGCUUGGGAAAGGCUGGAGAGAGCUAGCGGAAAAAUUAGCACGACUCACAAAGCAACAAAUCGAAGCUUAUGAAACUCCCCACCGGGGCACAAAUGGAGAUGUCCCUCCAGAGAUGAUGUGGAAACCGGCGUAUGAUUUUCUGUACACCUGGGGAGCUCAUUAUGGGGACAGUUACAGAGAUAUGUUGCAAGACCUGCAAUCUGCACUGGACAAAAUGAAGAAUCCUGUGACCAAACAGUGGCGAGAAUUAACCGGAGCUCUGAUUCUAGUCAACUGCAUGGAGGUUCUCCAGGCAAGCGCUUUCUCUAAGAUGGAUGAAGACUAGAAGUCAUCUAAUUUAGAAAGGCGCCAUGGAAAUUAUCUUCCUGAAACACAAAGCAGUUAAAUGAGAGCAUUUGCAUCAAGAACCGUUUAGCUCCUCUGCCUGUGAAAAUUAUGCCUAUUGCUUCUGGCAUUUAUGGGCUUAAGCGUUUUUAAAUGAAAAUAUCAAGUCAUUUAUUUUUCAAGCAGGACCAGUUUUCCCUUGCUUUCCUUCAUACUCAUAUCCCUACAACAACAUGUCUCGAAAGGUGUUUGUGUAUAGCAGUCAUAAUCUGAACAGCCUUGCAGUGGGCCGCACAUUUUUUGGGGAAGUUUAGCCCGGGAGGAAUUUGAGCUGGGCAGCAUAGUUACAUUACUUAUUCAGAGCGUUUUACCUAGAAAUUGUUCCAUAUGCCUGCUAUUGUCAUUCUUGAGAGAACCAGUUAGGGAAACUUUGCGCACUCUUGUGAAUACAUGGUUGCUCUGAGGUAAUUGGGAAAGCUGUUUCAUCACAUGUAGAAGGUAAAUAUAUCCUUGAUUACUUUACUGCAGUAGCACCUUGGCUUACGUUACCCUUGAGUAAUGUAAACUUCAGGUUGUGAAAGUGGCAAA